AUGUACCAAGGCAAAGCUGCAAGUGCGUCGAGAAUGGUACCGUCCUUCUCCGAUCUAUGUUACACGACCUUGCUGACAUUAACCACUAGGGGCGACACCACCGCGGCUGAGAGGAAAGCGUACAUAGCAGCAGUGCAGUGUCUCACCAAAGCACCGUCCAAACUUAGCGCUACACAAUAUCCAGGUGCAAAGACUCGCUACGAUGACUUCGUCGCCAUCCACAUGAAGAAUACGCUGAGUAUCCAUGGAACCGGCAACUUUCUCUCUUGGCACAGAUACUUCACCUACGCGUAUGAGCAGGCGCUAGUAAUCGAAUGUGGGUAUAACGGCACACAGCCAUACUGGGACUGGGGACGCUACACCGCGCCUGAAACCUCGCCCCUUUUCGAUGGUAGCGAGACUAGCAUGGGCAGCCAAGGAGAGAAAGUGACGCACAACAGCAAUGGUAUGAAGCCAGCUGGAAAUGGUGGUGGAUGCAUCGCCAAAGGUCCAUUCAAAGACAUGAAGGACGGCUACGGCUAUAACCCUCGCUGCAUCAAGCGUGACAUCAGUGGAUACUUAGUGCAGCGCGACUCGACACCUGCUAAGACCGCAGCUUUGAUCACUAACAGCAAGACCAUUGGAACUUUCCAGGACACAAUGCAGAGUGGCACUGGUGUGCAUCCUGCAGGGCACUUCACCGUGAGUGGUGAUCCAGGUAGUGACUUUUACACCUCGCCAGGAGAUCCGUACUUUUGGCUUCAUCACGCCAUGAUUGACCGAGUGUGGUGGAUCUGGCAGGCGCAAGAUUACGCGAACAGACAGCAGGUCAUCGCUGGCGGAACAUCGAUGUUUGGCGGCGGUCGUGCACAGUCGCUGGAGGACAAUGUCGACUUGGAGGUGCUGAACGUAAAUGGCAAGGUAUACAAGAUCAAGGAACUGGUCAGCACGGUUGAUGGUCCGCUCUGCUAUGUUUACGAGUAG